AUAGCACUGACUGAUCCCACAGAUGGUGAUGGGCAGCAGUGUGGAGUAGUGCUGGUUAGGGCUCUGGACUCUUGACCGGAGGGUCGAGGGUUCAAUCCCCGGUGGGGGACACUGCUGUUGUACCCUUGAGCAAGACAGCGGUAUCCUAGCAACAGAAUUCUAACAAAAUAACAAACAUGGCGACAUCUCGGGAACUGGACGCAAAUAAUUAUCUGGAGAAACAUAAAAUAUUAGAACUUAUGGAUAAUCUUACUAGUAUGCUCUUCUUCCACAGACCAGAAAGACCCUGUGAGUUUUUGAUAACUCAACUUGAGAAGCUGAAAUUAGCCAGAACAACAUCUAGGGAUUAUCCUUGUCUAUUUAAUGAAUCAAAUUUAGAGGCUAUUUUUGGAAUACUGGAUCCCACAAGGCAAGGAUAUAUUACUCUCGGCCAGUACAAAGAAGCGCUGAAUACCAUAGGAUUAAAACAGUUUGAUGCAUUUCCACAAGGAGCAGAUUACAACAGAAUAACACUGGAAACAUUCAAGAAAGAAGCGAAGGAUGGAUUAUUAAAAUCUUCUGCCACUUUUAAAUCAUGACAAGAGCAAAUGAUUACUGUAUCCAUUUGUUUCGAACCUACUGUGUAUAUUGCACAAUGACCUGAUCUUGUGAUGUUUAUUUUUUACAAUCAACAUGCACAUUUAACAAAUAAAGAUGCAGUUCUUAUGAAAACUAAUUUAUUUUGCUUUU